UGCGCGAAGCGCGGGGCGGGACGGGGGCGGGGCCGCUGCCGUUGUCCCCUCACGGAGCUGCGCGCUGUCCCCGCGCCCCGUCCCGCGGCCGCUCCUCCGCGCCCAGAGACCCGCGGAGAUCAAGGACCGCGCCUCGGCCGCUGCGGCAGCCGGGACAUAGGUGGCCGCCGUCGCUGGCGGCAGAACCGGAGCGGCGCGGUGCGGUGUGCGUUCCUUGUCCGGCCGAGCGCGGCGGACCCGCCGGCGGCAGUGGUAAGCAGCUACAGGAGGCCAGGGGCAGAGCCUGAGAAAAAACCAUCUUGGCAGAAUGUUGAUUUCAGCUUUAAGAAGAGCAUUGAUCACCUAAAGACCCAGCUAAGCUUGCUGAARAAGGAAACACAAGAUUACUUACUGGGACCUGGAGGCCAUCCAUUAAGUCAGCACCUGCUGGAACACACGAGGGUGUUGUGGCAGUUUCGGAGCCAAGAAGAUUUAAAUAAGUGGGUUAUUUCCUCUGAUGUAGAGAUUGGAGGGAAAAGUGAAGUUUAUCUCAAAUUGGGUAGGAAUAACCAGGCUGCUCUGCUGUAUGGAACCCUCAAUACAGAAGUACCUCGUGAUGGGGAGACAAAAUACAGUGGAUAUUGCAGUAUGAGAUCUAGACCAGCAGUGGGAUCUUUUAAAAGGAAGAAGUUUUAUGACUGGUCAAACUUCAACACUCUAUAUUUACGUGUCCGUGGUGAUGGCAGACCUUGGAUGGUAAACAUUUAUACAGACCCUUACUUCUCUCAUCAAAAGGAUGACCUCUACAGCUACUUCAUGUUCACACGAGGAGGCCCAUACUGGGAGGAAAUAAAGAUUCCAUUCUCCAAAUUCUUUCUCUCCAGUCAGGGAAGAGUCCAGGAUAACCAGCAUCCUGUCUGGUUAGACAAGAUUAGAACACUUGGCUUCACCAUUGGAGAUAAAGUGAAUGGUCCAUUCCAGCUGGAGAUCGAUUUUAUUGGUCUGCUGAACGACAGAGCUCAUAGAGAAGAGUUUGCCUAUGAGGCCUAUGACAAGAAUACUCCAGUCUAAGUUGGGCUGGUGUCCUUUGGAAAAUUCUUCAGAUAUUUGGUUUAUUUUUAUAAAAUACUUCUUAAAAUGUGGCUUUUAACACCUUGAAGAGCCUGUGUAAAMUUAAAACAGUUAAGUGGAUGAAAUGUGACAGCACUGGCAUGUUUGCACUCCUAAAUACAGAAUCCUGCAGAGAUUGUACAUACAUGGACUGGAACAUAGCCGGAGGAGAUGUGAUGUGUUCUCACAAAGUAGUAACUCUCCUCUGGGUAAGUUUUGGCUUCUGUCCUGACCUUGAUUGAAAUAAAAGUAUUUAAUGAGUUCGUGGUUCUUUUU